UAUUUUCUUUUUUACGCUUUGAUUCCGCUAAGGUUUUAAGUGGUGUACGCUGGUUACGGUUUGAUCCUAGCUUCUGGUAUACGUUGAAUUUUAAGCCUUUUCGUUUUCUUCGUGUACCUGCUUUGAGUUGGUUUGAGUGGUGGUGCACGCUGGUUACG